AUGUCUGUCUGUAUGUCUGUCUCAUUCUCUCUUUGUCUGAAACUUUCAGUUUAUCUAUCUGUCUCACUCUCUGUAUGUCUGAUACUUUCAGUCUGUCUGACUGUCUCAUUCUCUGUCCAUCUAACACAUUCAGUCUGUCUGUCUGACUGUCUCAUUCUCUGUCCAUCUAACACAUUCAGUCUGUCUUCUGUCUGUCUGACUGUCUCACUCUGUCUGACUGUCUCACUCUGUCUGUCUCACUCUGUCUGUCUAACACAUUCAGUCUGUCUGUCUGACUGUCUCACUCUGUCUGACUGUCUCAUUCUCUGCCUAUCUAACACAUUCAUCUGUCUGUCUGACUGUCUCACUCUGUCUGACUGUCUCACUCUGUCUGUCUCACUCUGUCUGAUUGUCUCAUUCUCUGUCCAUCUAACACAUUCAGUCUGUCUGUCUGACUGUCUCACUCUGUCUGACUGUCUCACUCUGUCUGAUUGUCUCAUUCACUGUCCGUCUAACACAUUCAGUCUGUCUGUCUGA